GCGUGCGAUCCCCCUCCUCCCGACGGUUCCUUAUCGCUCCCGACCUUCGUUCCCUUAUUCCCACUGCAAGCCCUUCCCUCCUCUCCACUCCUCUUCUUCCACCCACGUAAGGUGUAACGAGACAAGCAUAUCAGUUAUACGGGAGAAAAGAACACUCGCUUUCUCUUCUCAACUUGUUUGGAACGAGUCGCCGAUCGACAGCAAAGUAUAUGACGUUCAGAACUAUAUGCGAACAAAAAGAGGAGGGAGGCUGUAACGCCAAGCGAAAGAAAGAAUCUAUUGUCAUGAGAAUAUCAUCUUCCGCGAAGCGAAACUAAUCAUCGUAUUCUCCUCCAACCAUCGCUGCUCAUCCACUCUGCCCGCCCGCCUCCCGCCUAAUUAAUUGUCUUGCUUUACCCCUCCAAAAGAAACAGAGAAAAGAACGUUUUAAGUAAUGGAGGCGGCGUGCGCCUCUUCCUCCGCUGCCUCCCUCCUCACACGCCACACGUUACGCCCGUCCUCCGCCCACCGCCACCCACUCGCCGUCGCGGUCGCCGCCACCCAUCUCUAUCCCUCCCCCACCGUUGACGGAUUCAAGGCCUCCUCUCUAAUUGACCUCCGCCGCUGCCGUACCACCUCCCUCCCCCUCCUCUUGCCCUCUUCCCAGCGAUGCCACCAGCGCCGGCCGCCGAGGAAGGCAAUCUCGGCGGUAUUCGAGCGGUUCACGGAGCGCGCCAUCAAGGCCGUCAUCUUCUCCCAGCGGGAGGCGCGGGCACUCGGUCAGGAGAUGGUCUUCAACCAGCACCUCCUCCUCGGCCUCGUCGCCGAGGACCGCGGCCCUGGUGGGUUCCUCGGAUCCGGAAUCACCAUCGACCGCGCCAGGAAAGCCGUCCGCACCAUCUGGACCGAGGCGGCCGCCGCUGAUCCGACGCGGAUGCGGCCCCCCUCCUCCGGGUUGGCCACCGACGUGCCCUUUUCCAUCAGCAGCAAGCGGGUGUUCGAGGCCGCGGUCGAGUGCUCCAGGAACAUGGGCUCCAAUUUUAUCGGUCCCGAGCACAUAGCCAUCGGUCUCUUCAACGCCGAUGACGGCAGCGCUGCACAGGUGCUCAGAAGCUUGGGAGCAGAUCCCAGUCGCUUAGCGUUGGUGGCACUUUCUAGACUCCAAGGGGAGCUUGCCAAGGAUGGUAGAGAACCAUUGGCAUCAUCUGGCAAGAUACAAAAGAAAUCUCCUGCUGGAAAGCCUGUGAGUUUGAAGUACCCAGAGAAAACAAAAGAGAAAAGUCUGUUAACUCAAUUCUGUGUGGAUCUGACUGCUCGGGCUAGUGAAGGGCUCAUUGAUCCAGUAAUUGGCCGAGAUACAGAGAUUCAAAGGAUUAUUCAGAUCCUAUGCCGAAGAAGAAAGAACAACCCAAUUCUUUUGGGGGAUGCUGGUGUUGGAAAAACUGCAAUUGCUGAAGGAUUGGCUCUUCGUAUUGUUAAAAGAGAGAUUACUUCUUUUCUUGCGGCAAAACACAUAUUGUCACUAGAUGUGGGCUUAUUGAUGGCCGGUGCUAAAGAGAGGGGAGAAUUGGAAUCCCGGGUUACUGGUUUGAUUCGUGAAGUGCGAAAAUCAGGUGACAUUAUACUCUUUAUUGAUGAGGUUCAUACACUUAUUGGUUCUGGGAUUGUUGGGAGAGGAAACAAGGGUUCUGGUCUGGAUAUUGCUAAUUUGUUGAAGCCUUCCCUUGGUAGAGGUGAAUUGCAGUGCAUUGCAUCCACAACUUUAGACGAACAUAAGACACACUUUGAAAAGGAUAAAGCUUUAGCUCGCCGAUUCCAGCCAGUGUUUAUAAAUGAACCUAGCCAGGAGGAUGCUGUGAAGAUCUUAUUGGGUUUGCGUGAGAAAUAUGAGACUUAUCACAAGUGCAGAUUCACUUUGGAAGCCAUAAAUGCUGCAGUGUAUCUUUCAGCUAGAUAUAUUCCAGACAGACAUCUUCCUGAUAAAGCAAUUGAUCUGAUAGAUGAAGCCGGUAGUAGAGCUCGCAUGGAUGCAUUCAAGAGGAAGAAGGAGGAGCAGAUUUCUGUGCUCUCGAAGUCACCAGAAGAAUACUGGCAAGAGAUUAGGGCUGUCCAGGCAAUGCAUGAAAUGGUAUUGACAAAUAAGCUGAAUUAUUCUACGGAUCUUAGAGUCACAGAUGAAUCGAAAAUUAUGGGUGAUGUGAAGGAUGCUUCAGAGUCUUCUAUUUCCUCUUCGCUAAAUUAUGAUGAACAGAUUACCGUUGGACCAGAGGAAAUAGCCACAGUUGCUUCUCUCUGGUCAGGAAUCCCAGUUAAGCGGCUCAAUGCUGAUGAAAGAAAGCUUCUAGUUGGCUUGGAUGAAGAACUUAAAAGGAGGGUAAUCGGCCAGGAUGAUGCUGUUAGUGCCAUUUCUAGAGCUGUUAAGCGGUCACGUGUCGGCCUAAGUGAUCCUGGCAGACCUAUUGCUGCAUUGCUCUUCUGUGGCCCAACUGGAGUCGGUAAAACCGAGCUGACAAAAGCUUUAGCGGCAUCCUACUUUGGAUCGGAGGAAGCCAUACUCCGCUUGGAUAUGAGCGAAUACAUGGAGCGGCAUUCUGUGAGCAAGCUAAUAGGAUCUCCGCCUGGAUACAUUGGGUAUGGAGAUGGUGGUACCUUGACUGAAGCAGUCAGGAGAAGACCUUUCACAGUAAUAUUGCUUGAUGAAAUAGAGAAAGCUCACCCUGUUAUAUUUAAUAUCCUUCUCCAAGUGUUUGAAGAUGGUCACCUGACUGACUCUCAGGGUCGGAGAGUUUCAUUCAAGAAUACAUUGGUUGUCAUGACAUCCAAUGUCGGGUCAGAAGCAAUUUCCAAGGGCAAACGGAGCAUCGGUUUUUUGAUUUCAAAAGACGAGCAGUCUAACUCAUUUGCUGCAAUGAAAGCGUUAGUGAUGGAAGAGUUAAAGGCGUAUUUCCAGCCUGAGCUACUUAAUAGAAUUGAUGAGGUCAUUGUCUUCCGCUCUCUUGAGCGAACUCAGAUGAUGGAGAUUCUCGAUAUAAUGCUGAAACAAGUGAAGAGUAGGCUUUUGUCUCUCGGAUUUGGUCUACAAGUAUCUGAUGCCAUCAAGGAUUUGGUGUGUCAACAAGGUUUUGACAGAAGCUACGGCGCAAGGCCUUUGAGAAGGGCUGUCACUCGGCUCGUCGAGGAUGUGAUUAGUGAGGCAAUUCUUACGGGAGAUUACAAGCCUGAAGACACUCUUAUGCUUGAUGUUGAUGCAUCGGGAAAUCCCAUCGUGAAUCGGAUACCCGAUCAGACCAUCCACCUGUCAGAUAUCUCCUCACCAUUCCAGUGAUUUUGUAAAUGCCAUAUAAUUCUAUUCCUUCACCCAUAUAAUUAAUAAUUAUUUUUUUUGUGUAAAUACCAUUUGCAACCUGUAUAUAUGUAUAUAGCAAU